AUGGCAUACCAUUCGCAGCACACCAGCGCUACGUUUGUGCCAGGCGGCAUGGAUGACUACUAUAUGCCUACCAGUCCUGCUCUGGUCGCACCUGCCCCUCAACGACACAUGCCCGAGAUGAGCGACCAGAUCCAAGAAGGAAUUGCGAGUAUGCAGUUAUCCGUCACUGCACAACAUGAAGCUGCUGCCUUCCCGCAAGUCCCAUACCGCGGUCGCCAUAUCCCCCAAACCGACGGCGAGUUCGAAUCUGUCCUGGAAGCUGCCAGGGUCACUGUAUUGAACUCGAACGAUCCGGACAUGCAACUGGCAUGGGCUCAGGAUGCUCUGCAAUAUGUCACCAUCUGCUUGGAGAGCGAGGACCGACUACAACAGACACAACCACCGCGACCACAGCAACCACAAGUCGAGCACCAGAUCAUGGUAGAUGCCAUCAACAUAGUGACCUUUCUUGCGGAUCAACACCACCCCAAGGCUGAGUUUAUGCGCGGCAUGUGGAACGAGUUUGGUCGCUUUGGCUGUGCUCACGAUAAGCGCGAGGCCUUCCGCUGUUAUGCCAGAGCCGCCGAUCGAGGUUACGCCCGCGCCUGCUAUCGUCUCGGCAUGCUGUAUGAGAAUGCGAAUGAUGAAGAAAGAGCUUUGGACAAUUACAGACGUGGCGUUGGUGCUCAAGAUAGCGCGUCGUUGUACCGUCUGGGUAUGAUUACCCUGCGAGGUCAAUACGGCCAGCCCAAGGACUUUGCGACAGGUCUUGACCUGAUCAGACGUUCUGCCGACUCGAUAGACGAGAACGCUCCACAGGGUGCGUAUGUCUAUGGUAUGCUGCUAGCUCGCCAAUUGCCGCAGAUCAAGCUUCCGGAAGGCGUCCUCCCGUACGACGAGCAAGAAGCCAGGCGCUAUAUCGAGAACUCGGCUUUCUGCAGAUUUUCAAAAGCUCAACUCAAGAUGGCAUCUGCUUACGAACUGGCUUCUCUUGGUUGUGAAUUCGAUCCUGCUCUGUCUCUGCAUUACAACCGUCUAGCCGCAAGGCAGGGCGAGCCAGAAGCCGACAUGGCUAUCAGCAAAUGGUUUCUCGUUGGUCACGAAGGUCUUUUCCCCAAACACGAGGAGUUGUCCUACAUCUACGCCAACAGAGCUGCCCAUGCUGGUUUGUCGACUGCUGAGUUUGCUGUGGGAUACUUCAACGAGCUUGGCAUUCAUGUACCAAGAAACAUUGACCUCGCCUUACAAUGGUAUAACAAAGCUGCUGCGAACGGAAACAAGGAUGCUCAAGGUCGUAUCGAUAGUAUCGCUCGCCGCCACAUCUUGUCUAAGAACGAUCACGAGAACGUUGCUUUGAGUCGCAUAAAAUCUCAACAUGGUUCCAUGCGUGGUCAACGACCUCCGAGAUUCCAGGCUCAAAUUCCGCGCAUUGAGUCCAUCUCCGAAGGUUCUGUUUCUCCUCACCCAAGACGUAAUUCUUCUCUGGGUCCGCCGCCUUCGAGCACUCCGACACCUUAUCCUCUAGAUGACCGACCACCAACUGUACCUCCACCCAGAUCUACUUCCACGGCUCCCUACCCGCUGGAGGACCUGACACCUCGACCCACACCAACUCCAGGACCAACAGGCGGUUUCCUAGACACUCGUCCAGCAACCACGACGCCAACUGGCCGAAUACGAGCAAACACAACACUCGCCCGUCCAGAUUCCGCUGCCUCCACACUCCAAGGCCAGCGUCCAAUGCCCGGCGGUGCAAGACCACCGGGUCAUCGCACAGCAUCCGGUCCAGUCCCCGGCCCUCGCCCUCAACCAGGGACUUCUCCCCGCAUGAACCCAACCUCACAACUCCCACCCGUAAACUCCCGCCUCGACAUCGGCUACACCGCUCCCCCCGACACACGCCCACCCCCAAGUGUCGUCUACACAGCACCCCAAAACCCCGUCCGCCACUCCUCCCGCCCACCCACGUCAAGCAGCUCAAGGCCUGCAACAUCAGCGUCCAGUAGUUCUCUCGGCCGCACACCCACAAGAGUGGAUUCUGCAACGCCACGACCGAGUCCUGGGCCUUCUGUGGGGAGUACCGGGGCUGUGGGGACACCGCCGCCGGGGAUCGGUGCAGGGGCCAUGCCGAAACCUGCAACACCUAGUAAACCGGCAAAGACGGGGCCAAAGACCUUUGAGGAGAUGGGAGUGCCGAAACAUAAACAGGAGCAGGAAUGUAUUGUCAUGUGA